UUGUGUGUUGGCGUUUUCAGUGAUUAGUCUUUGGGCUACAAGUGCGGCAGUACAGGUAGCGACCGAGAUUUCCGGGCAAACCGCCGAAGAACGCGCUUAUUCUCCGGCGUAUUUUGGUUUCCAGUUUUAUAGUGUAAACGUGAGUGAUUCGGUGAAAUGUUUCCCUUCGUGCCGUUCUUUGUUGUCCUAUUGGUAUCGCGAGGCCCUCCGAUCGGAGCUAUCACCACGAUCCACCACGACAAACCAGAUUCGGUAACCAUUUCGACUUCGAAGUCCGCAACGUCCUCCGAAGCAGUGACGACGGCUAAUCUCGAAGUAGUAAACGUCACUCUCACGCCCUCCGAACGGAAAAAGAGGCUUUUGCCAUACGAAAAUUUCUACCUGGAGCAAUCUUUCAACGCGCCGCAUCGUGACUCCGUAUACAUGCAACAAUAUAAGAAUUACGACGAGAUCAUAAGCACCAAAAAGAAAGUGAAAUAUCAGCCGGUCAGAAUCAAAACCAAGGACGGCGAUUCUGUGAGCCGGCCUAGUCAAAAAUUCACGCCGUUCUUGGAAAGUAACGCCCUGCCUGGACCCUUCAGACCAAUGAUUAAAAACAAUGGCCAGCCUAUAACCAUCGAAUACGUGUCUUUAAAUGCUCCGCCUACAUUCAUCGAAGAACACGAAAUACCCAUCAACCAAGAAAAAGACCGCCCGAAUUUGAGCUCAAUCUACGAAACCCUGUCCCAGCUGAAACUGAGACAGCAAGAGCUGAGAAAACCGCCUUACGGGUACCGAUUGGUGCCACCUCCUAGAUACCAAAAUCACCCUCCAGAGGUUAAACAGCAUCGUGGCAAUCAACGCAUACCAGAUUCCCUUAGAUACAAGAUACAACCCUCAAAAACUACCAUUGAGACGUUCACGGCAACGAAUAUCGAUAUCACAGGACCCGGGGAUGCUGAGAAAGGCUACGAUUUCGUACCUUCGAGAUACGUGCAGCAGGUGCCGACUCCCAUCAAAGAAAAUCAAGAACCCAAGAGUAACUACGUACAGUACAGCAAGCCUCUCGUGCACCAUCAAUUUGUUAUAGAAGUGCCAAAAUCAAGUUACCCGGUGCCUGACAACUCGCGCAAGCCACAGCCUCCGAAGCAGAGGCCUCAAAAUCCGAACAUUUACGUUCAAAGGAAGCCGGAGAGGAAACCUUUAAUAAUUUUACGGAAGCCGCAGCCGAUGGCAGUGGUAGAGGAAAAUUAUACUGCUGAUAAGUACCUGCCAUUUUUACCAUUAAAAUUUAAUCCGCCCAUAUACGUGGAAACCCAAUACGAGGCAACACCAUCGCCGAAUUACGAUGACUACCAAUACGAACCGCAGUAUCCGGUGACUACCAAAUACGUCCAGGUGUACAAACCCACGCCGAGACCGGUCGAGUAUCAAAGACAACCUCCCGUGGCGACUGCAGCACCUACAACAACUCCCACCCCCGAAAUAGUGACUCCGGAGGUUCAGUAUCAUCACCAAACGGUAACUCCUGCCUCAGUCGUCACGCAGAGUAGCGCGGAGUACUACCAGGACGACAUUCGUCAUGCGACUCCAAAGCCGGUAGCUUUCAUGCAUCCAGGUGAUGAUCCUAACGGUCUUGCUAACAUUUUAAAGCAACUACAAGACACCAACGCAUUGCCCCAAACCUUGACGCCAGACAACAUCGAUAGCAGCAUAAAAACACUGGUGAAAAUUCUAGAGGAAUUGAGAACAAGACAGAAGCAACGGCGACCGCCGAUCAUUCACGACGAAUACGAUGAAGAUAUCUACAACGAAGCGGGGGUUGAUCUAGGUGGUCCCGACGGCGAAGGUUUCGAUACCCCCGACGGAGGAACCCCCGGGAGACCCGGAGUGGAUUAUCCGGCAUUGUCGACGAUCCCGCCUACCAGUUUCAGUUGCAAGACGCAACGGUACAAGGGAUUUUUCGGAGAUCCGGAUACCAACUGCCAAGUGUGGCACUACUGCGACUUAAACGGGGGUCAGGCCUCAUUUCUGUGCCCUAACGGCACCAUUUUCAGCCAAGUGGCAUUGACCUGCGAUUGGUGGUACAACGUUAAGUGUGCAUCUACCGCUCAACUCUACGUCUUGAACGAGAGGCUUUACAAAUACAUCAUUCCGCUGGCACCCAAGUUUCCUGAAGACUACAGCGGACCUCUAGUAGAUAAAUAUUUAGCUCUGAAAUUCCAAGAGAUGGAAGAAAAGCUUCGAAAGCAAAAGAAGGGCAAAGGCAAAGCGAACUCGGAGGAAGACAAAGACGACGAAAGCGAAGAGACAGUAACUGUCACGUCGGAGGAAGACAAAUCGGAAGAAAUGGUCGACGUCCCGGAAAGCAGUGAGCAAUAGCG